CGCCGCCAGCCCCGCCACAGCGCCACCGCCCCGCAGCCCCGCGUCCCCGCAGCAUCCCCGCGCCGCCGUCCCCGCCCCGCCGCUGGAUGCCGGCGGCCGGCGGCCGAGCUCGCAGACGCGGAGGGCGGCGCGGGCGGCGGCGGCGGCGCGGGCCCGAGCGCUAAAGCUAUGCCGGGCUCCACCGGGCAGCCCGACGCGGGCGGCGCGGGAACCGGGACCACCGCCGGCGACCCCGGGCAUCCGCACCCUGCACUCGCGGGAGCCGAGGAUGCCGCGCCCCGGCCGCCACCCGAGCCCGACGACGCGGCCGCUGCGCUGCGCCUGGCGCUGGACCAGCUGUCCGCGCUCGGGCUGGGGGGCGCGCGCCCCGGAGAUGAGGGGAUGGCGACACGCAGCGCGGACGGGGCGACAGAACGCGGAGAGGAUGAGCCCGCGCCCCCCGACGAGCUCGAGGCGGCCGUGGCGCCCCCGGUGACGGGUGCGCCCUCGAUGGGCGUGGGACCCUCGAUGGCCGUGGCACCCUCGGUGACCAGUGCACCCUCGAUAGCCCUGGCACCCUCGGUGACUUGUGCACCCUGCAUGGCUGUGGCACCCUCGGUGACGGUGGCACCCUCGAUGGCACUGACACCCUCGGUGACCCUGGCACCCACGAUGGCUGUGGCUUCUUCGGUGGCCCCCGGCGGGCUGCCUCUUCUGGACCCCGACGUGAGCCCCCGGCCAUCUCCCCCAGACGUGUUCGCCAGCUUCGCGCCACACCCGGCUGCCCUGGGUCCCUCGACGCUGCUGGCUGAGCAGUUAAACGUGAUCGGCAGUCGCAAGAAAAGCGUGAACAUGACCGAGUGUGUGCCGGUGCCCAGCUCGGAGCAUGUCGCGGAGAUCGUGGGUCGUCAGGGGUGCAAGAUCAAGGCCCUGCGUGCCAAGACCAAUACCUACAUCAAGACUCCAGUGCGCGGUGAGGAGCCGGUCUUCAUCGUGACCGGGCGCAAGGAGGAUGUGGAGAUGGCCAAGCGCGAGAUCCUGUCGGCCGCUGAGCACUUCUCGCUAAUCCGAGCCACACGUAGCAAGGCGGGCGGGCUGUCCGGGGCCACUCCAGGUCCCCCCAACCUGCCGGGCCAGACCACCAUCCAGGUGCGCGUGCCCUACCGCGUGGUGGGGCUGGUGGUGGGGCCCAAGGGUGCCACCAUCAAACGGAUCCAGCAAAGGACGCACACGUACAUCGUGACUCCCGGGCGUGACAAGGAGCCAGUGUUCGCUGUGACUGGGAUGCCAGAGAACGUGGACCGUGCACGGGAGGAGAUUGAGGCGCACAUCACGUUGCGCACCGGGGCCUUCACUGAUGCAGGCCCUGACAGUGACUUCCACGCCAAUGGUACCGAUGUGUGUCUAGACCUGCUGGGAGCUGCAGCCAGCCUGUGGGCCAAGGCCCCCCACCCAGGACGUAGGCCCCCCGCAGCCACCGGUGGCCUUCGAGGAGAUAAUGCUCUGGGUGCAGCCAGCACCCCUGAGCCCUUCUAUGUGGGCAGCCGUGGAGGGCCGCCACUGCCGGACCCGAGUCCCAGCAGCCCCUAUGGGGGCUCGGGCAACGGGGGCUUCACAUUUGGUGGGGACGGUCCCGGUGCCCCAACAGGGACAGCUACUGCAGAGGAUUGUGACUUUGGUUUUGACUUCCUGGCGCUAGACCUGACCGUGCCUGCCACGGCUACCAUUUGGGCGCCCUUUGAGAGAGCCGCGCCUCUGCCAGCCUUCAGCGGCUGCCCCGCAGUUAAUGGGGCACCCGCACAACCCAACACAGGCACACGGCGCAGCAGCGGCGGUGGGGCCGCCACCACGCCACGCCACUCACCCACGCUGCCCGAGCCCGGAGGACUGAGCCUGGAGCUGCCGUUGGCGCGGCGAAGCGUCCCUGAUCCAGUGGGUGCUGUGCCUUGGCGACCCCCGCAGAGCGCACUGCCGCCCUUCUCCGGCAGCACCACCUUCGCUACAACCCCGUCUCUGCCCAAUACAACCCCAGCGUCCUCCACCCUAGACACUGUCCCCUCGGAAGGCAACCACAAGCCAUCUACCACAGCAGCAAACUCCUCUGCGUCUGCUGCAGCCCCUGGCCCACCCGCGGCAGCCUUGGCUCGAGAGUGCGUGGUGUGCUCUGAAGGCGAGGCCAUGGCUGCGUUGGUCCCCUGUGGCCACAACCUCUUCUGCAUGGAUUGUGCUGUCCGCAUCUGCGGGAAGAGUGAACCAGAGUGUCCCGCCUGCCGCACGCCGGCCACCCAAGCCAUUCCAGGUGUCGAGGCCAUCAGCUUGCGGCCCAGCGGCAGCGCCUCCGUUCUUGACAAGUGACAGUAUUGAGUGAGCCGGUGACAAUAAACCGGAAAAUUCUCUGUUUGCACUUUUUAUUAAGUCGCCCCUCCCCGUUUCCGGGGUGAUCUUAAAACAAAAAAUAACACGAUAUUUACAACUCUCACUGGA